UCGGAGGGCUUUUCCCGCCGCUCCCGGAAGUUGCGCUCGCUGCCUGGGUAACGGGUCCUGGCGACUGCGACUCCUGUGGCGCGGAGAUGGACCUAGAGGAGGCGAAAGAGUUUAAGGAGCGCUGUACUCAGUGCACUGCUGUCUCUUGGGGUCUUACUGAUGAAGGCAAAUAUUUUUGUACUUCUUGCCACAAUGUUACAGAGAGAUCUAAGGAAGUUAUAAACACUGAAGCUAUUCCUAAUUCCCAGAUAAAAGCCAUCAACCGGGGACUUAAAAGAAAAAAACAGCUUGAAAAAGGCUGGGAUUGGUAUGUGUGUGAAGGUUUUCAAUACAUACUUUAUCACCAAGCAGAAGCCUUAAAGAGCCUUGGAGUAGGUCCAGAGUUAAAGAAUGAAGUUUUGCAUAAGUUUUGGAAACGCUACCUUCAGAAGAGCAAACAGGCAUAUUGUAAGAACCCAAUAUAUACCACUGGAAGGAAAGUUAUGGUAAGUCACGAGUCUGAAAGGUGGGAAAUGACGUCUGUCUGUUCUGGAUCUAUUGAUGGAGUCGAAUACUCACAACGAAAGGAGAAGGGAAUUGUGAAGAUGACUGUGCCAAAGACGCUUGCUCUCUGCUAUCUGUCAUUACUUUGGCAGAGAGAAACAAUGACACUUUCAGAUCUCUUGAGAUUUGUUGAAGAGGACCAUAUUCCUUACAUAAAUGCUUUUCAGCAUUUUCCAGAAGAGAUGAAAUUAUAUGGGCGUGACAAAAGAAUCUUUGCUGUAGAGUCUUGGCCUGACUAUGAAGAUAUCCAUGAUAAAACAAUUGAAAUUGCUAAAUUUUUAGAUUUGCCUCGUUUUCCAGACAUAACUGAAGACUGCUAUCUUCAUCCCAACAUCUUGUGUAUGAAAUACUUAAUGGAGGUCAAUCUCCCUGAUGAAAUGCACAGUUUAGCUUGCCAAGUGGUAAAAAUGACUGGAGUAGGAGAAGUGGAUUUUCUGACAUUUGAUCCUAUAGCGAAAAGGGCAAAAACUGUUAAAUAUGAUUUACAAGCUGUAGCUAUCAUUGUGGUAGUAUUGAAACUGCUCUUUUUAUUGGAUGACAAUUUUGAAUGGUCUUUGUCUAAUCUUGCUGAAAAAUACAAUAAAAAGAACAAAAAAGAUAAGCCAUGGUUUGAUUUCAGAAAGUGGUACCAAGUUAUGAAGAAAACUCUUGAUGAGAAAAAAUAUAAAUUAGAAGAAGCAAGGGCAAAGUUUAUGUGGAAAAGUGAAAAGCCACUCUACUACUCAUUCAUUGACAAACCUGUAGUAUAUAAAAGAAGAGAAAUGGUGGUGAAUCUGCAAAAACAAUUUAGCACACUGGUUGAUUUGACACCAACUGUUGAAAAAAAACAUCCCUCAAGUUUUCAGUUUAACUGGAUUGAAGAAGACAAUGAUAGAACUUGUUUCCAUGGACACAGCCUUCAGGUAGUCCUGAAGGAGAAAGGCCAAUCACUGCUAACCAAGAAUUCCUCCUAUUGGCUUAGUACACAGAAAUUCUGUAAAGGCUAUUGUAAACAUUUGACAACCUAUGAAGAAUCGAAUUUUUCUCUGAGUUACCAGUUUAUACUAAAUCUCUUCUCCUUCCUGCUAAGAAUAAAGACCUCCUUACUCCAUGAAGAAGUGAGCUUAAUUGAAAAGAAACUGUUUGAAAGAAAAUACCGUAGAACAAAAAAGAAAUCUGGAAGAUCCAGGAAAUCAAGAAGAUAUUGAAAAAGAAGAAAU